AUGGCAAGCAGUUAUGUUGAUUCUAAUCCCAGUUUAUCAUUUGAUUUUAUCAAUAAACAUCCAUUGUUACAAAAAUUAAUUACUUGGUAUCAGCAAGUUGGCACUGAGAAUAAAGAUAAUGAAAAUAAGCAUGGAUUUUUAAAACAUUUUAUUGAUACUAUCGCUAACAAUUUUACAAAGUCAAGCAAUAAUUUACCAUAUAGUGAUACAAUCAAGAAUUUUGCUUUAUCGUUAUAUAUAUUAGGUGGAAAAUUGACGUAUGAAUUCAUUAGAUUAAAUUUACCUGGAUCUUUACCUAGUUUAACUAUGUUAAAUACGUUAAUUUCAAACUUGAAUUCAAAAAUCAGUGAAGCCGAAUUUCGAUUCGACCAACUUCAAAAACAUUUUGAUGAUUAUAAUGUUCAAUAUGCAUUCGGCUCGGAAGAUACUACUGGUAUAAUUAAAAAGAUAAAAUAUGAUUCAACAACAAAUACAUUCAAUGGAUUUCCUACACCACCUGAUCAUGGAGUACCAAUUAAAGAAUAUUAUCAAACUAAUUCAUUUGAUACAUUGAAGUUAGGGUUUAAUUCAAUAGAUAAAUCAUCAUUACUGAAUGUACAUAUGAUUCAACCAGUACAGUCCAUAAAUCAAAGCAUUAUUCCAAGUCCCUUUUUAUUAUCAGCAUAUGGAAUUGAUAACACAGCUACAGCGAACGAUAUAUUACAAAGAUGGUGGUAUAUAUUCAAUCAAUGCUUACAAAGAAAUAUAAGAAUUAUUGGUUUUUCUACUGAUGCUGAUGCUAAAUAUCUACGCGCUAUGAGAUUAAUGAGUGACCCAACUCAUCUGGUUACAAAAUGGCGUAAUCGUUUAUUAUCAUCAACAGCUGAAUUAUGUCUUGGUAAUCAAUUUAUAUUGAUCAGUCAUUUACAUGACAUUAUCAAUAAUGAAACUUAUUCUAAACUUGACCGUGGCUUAACGAAGUCUGACAUUAACCCUAAAGAUCGUCAAAACUUUAGUUCUUGUUUGAAAUUAACAUCUGCUGAUCUAUUUAAAAUUUUAAAUGAUGAUGUUAAUACUCGGGGAACCCUGAUUUAUCUUCAGAUGUUAAAAAUGAUUAUAUUGGCUUAUGUUGAGAAAAAAACAACUAUUGCUGAACGUAAAUAG